AAGGGUGCUCAUAGCCUCAUAGCCCAAUGUUGCGGAAAGGCCCUGGGUGUUGCUUAGGCCUGCGAGCCUUUCCGAGCCAUGCCCAAGCUCGGAGAUCUGGUGGAAGGUCGCGUCGUGCACAUCUCUCAGGCGGCUUGGAGUCUUGGGUUGUCCAUGGCGCGCAGCACCGGCCAGAGGGCGUGACAUUUUUACGGGGAUCAAUUCCCAGAACCGGAUCACAGAGAUGCUGUUUCAAGACCAGAUGGGCUCAGGACCGACUGGAGCUGCAGCUGGAAGGCCAGCUGCCCUGCGCCGUGCUCCCGCUGAAGCACGGCUUGGACUUCGAGGUCCAGCUGGGGGAUGAGUUGGAGCUGGCGGUCGCCCAGCUGCGGGCUGGCGAGGUGAGCCUGAUGCGCCUGGAAGGUGAAGCCGAAACCGAAGCCGAGUGUGAAGCUGCAGGUCCCGUGUACCAGCGCGAGGAGCUGCUGGCUGCCCGAGCUGCCAGUGAGGGCUGUGGGAAACUGCCCAUUUUGCAGCAGAGUUCGGAGGCGGAGCUCCUGGAGCUUCUGGAGGGGGCGGUGCUCGCAGGGCUGCCGCCGGCCUGGUGGCACCGGCGCCCGGUGGACACCAAGCGCCAGGUCCUUGCAACGGCGCUGAGGGCCGGCAAUAUGCCGGCGGUCUAUGCCAUGCAGCCCGAGAGCUUGCAGUUCCGAGAGGCCAUCGCUUGUUAUGAGCCGGACGGCGAGUUCUUGGCGAAUGUCCUGGCGCAGCUUUGGGCGGACUCCGCUGAGCCGACGAAGGCCUGGAAGUCGCCAGCAGCGAAGGAGGCAGUGGAGUGGCUGCUGCUUCGGGGGGCGCCCUGUGCCCUGCUGUUGCCGGAGGAGCCGGAGGCCCUGAAGACGCGGCUCAGGGCGCUGCGGAUGUUGGGGGAGCUGGGGCCCAGAGUCGCGUCUGUCGCUGCAGCGUCCGUUGCUGGCUGCCUUAGAGAUCCUGAGGCCAAAGGCCGCAUGGCUGCCUGCAAGGCCCUGGAGCAAUUGGGCGAGGCCUGUGCGGCCGCGCCGCGGGCGGUGCCGCGGCUUGCGCGGCUCUUGCACGACUCCGAGUGCUGCAUGAUGGCCGCCGAUGCUUUGCGCGCCAUGGGUGCCAGCGGGUGCCGAGCAGCCGCAGAGGCCAUGAGGGAGGAGGAGGACCACAUGAUUCGGUCUGCGUGCUGCCACGUUUUGGCGGCCGGAGGUCGGCCUUACCGAGCAGAGCUCCUGCAGGUGUUGCAGGACGAGGGGGCGCCGGGCUUUCUGAGAGCCGCCGCGGCCAAGGCCAUGGGGCAGCAGGAAAUUGACCGUGAGCUCUGCGUUUACUUGGUGGACCUUCUGGAGAGCGAGGACCCCACGCUGCGCCUGGCUGCGGUGGGCCUGCUGGGGGACGCGCGGGGCGAGCACGCAAAGAUGGCCUUCGAGGCGCUGGCAUCUGCGCUGGAUGAUCCCGUGGAAUUUGUCAGCGAGGCUGCGACCAGGGCCUUGAAUAGCGUGACGGACGCUUGAAGUUGGCCGCAACGUCGAGGCGCAGACCGUCGAAUGGCAGGAUGCCCUACGCUGCAGGCUUGAAUCGUUUGUGGGUGUGGCCUCCCGGCGUGCUGAGAAUUGAGCAUGCCAAGCUUGCUUGAUUCAGCGCUUGCAGGCAGUGCGAUGGACUGUGUACAGUCCUGUCCGUCGCACUCCCCCGUUUUCUAUCUCAGCCCUUUGCUCUUUGCUCCGAGCAGCAAGCUGCGACAGAUGAAGUCAAGAGAAAAAGAUUGGCA